AUGUUUAUGUGCCUUUUCUUCGUUUUGCUGCAUUCUUUUGUUCAAGAAAAUACCAAUAAGUGCUUCCAAAAAUCAAGGUCAAGGUCGGUAACAAUUCGUAGAACUAGGGGACACUGCACAUCGUUGUCGGUCAAUGUGGUCGUAUCAUAUCUCGUCCAUGGGUUGGGGGGCAUCUGCUGGUGGGCUGCAGAAGCAACACAGGUGGCUUGUGGCGCCGGUAUUACAACACAAUACUCCAUGUUGGUCCACAGACUCGAUGGUGGCGGAUCGAUAGGGAGGGCCAUGCCUGGAAAGGGGGGCAGGGGCAGUAGCUCAAUAUCUCAAAAUAGAGAAGUCGCGUCACGGGUCGUUGCUGUCUCGGCCUGAACAUCUGGAGACGCGUUGCAAUGGAUGCUAGCAUCGCCUGCUUUGCUCUGUAACUUCGUCCCAGCUGUGUUCCUGCCUCAUCUUGGUCGGGUCCUCUAGUCUUCUUUGACGUGACUCCCAGGUCAGGAAUCUUCUUGGUGAAUUUUG